GAAACACUCCUCUAUUUUCCCUCUUCCACAAUUUCCACUGCCAGAGCAAGAUGCCUGGUGUUCGUGAGUUAUUACCCUACCCCUCUCUACUGCAGCUUGUCCCAUGCCACCUACCGCUGUUGCACAGGUCAGUGUAGCUGACCAUGUCUUGCGUCAAAGCGCCCGAUGCGCUUGAACAGCUAAAGAAGGGCUUCAAGGCUAUCUUCCGGAAAAAGAAGGCGGAAUUUACGGGCUCUGCGACCGACAAGCCAGAGGAUAAGCCCGCCGAGGAUCCCACUCAAGCUGCUCCUGCCACUGAAGCCAAGCCUGCAGAGCCGACUACGGCUGCAGAGCCUCAGCCUGGUACGUUUGUUUGCACUCCAAACUCGACGCUAGAGUGCCCAAUAGCCGUCGUGCUUACAAUCAGCAACAGCAGAGGCUCCUGCUACCGUCAAGCCCACCGAAGCUAAACCCGAGACCGCUGAGGCUGCGCCUGCUACAGCCACCGCUCCCG